AGGAUCGGCACGUUUUAAAAGUGUUUAUCUGUAUCCUACUCGUGAGGAUGAUGCUUCCCACUUCAACUUUGCUUUGCAAGUAGAAGAUCUGGCUGUUGAGGUUGAUUGCUUAUUCAAUGCUUUUCAGAGGGACAGUGUUUGACAUUUUGAGAUGCGUGAUGUGGAAUUCAAAAAUGAACUCCUGCAUCCCAGUGACCUGCUUGGCAAGGGAAGCCUGUUGAAGGAUGCUUCUGUAACCAUGGGUACAGUGCUCCAGCCUGGGUUGCAUCGAGUGCCAUUAAUAGCAACACACUCAUUUACUAAGUUGCUGAAGUUGCACCGAGAGGUCUUAGUUGGUUGUAUCAAGAACACAGAGUGUGUGCUGAUUAACCUGAUAAAACAUGAAUACAUUUCCACAGAAGAGGCUGAGAUGUCCCAACAGCAUCCUACGCAAGCAGCAAAGGUUCGAAAAAUAUUGGAUCUGGUUGAGAGCAAAGGAGAAGAAACAGCAGAGUAUUUUCUACACAUCCUGUACCAGGCCAGGGAGAUUUACGCUGACCUUAGCCCAUGGCUGAAAGAAAUAGAGUAUCAACCAUCAGAAUACAUACUGGGCAAACCAGUCAUUAUCACAGAUGCUGUCUGUCAGUACACUCAGAAGAUUAAACAUGAUCUACGGCAGGACACUAAGUUCGUCACAUCGUAUGUCCAGAAAGAAGACAUCUUACUGGAUGAUACAUACACUGAGACUCUUAUGGAACUAAUCAAUGGAGUCAAUGAAACCAAAGGAACCAUUUCCAACUUGGAGGAUUUGUUCAGUGACACAGGCAUCAUCAACGAGGAUGCAGAGACAGUGUUUGUAACCGGUGAUGCUGGGGUUGGUAAGACCAUCCUGCUCCAGAGACUUCAGAACCUGUGGUCCAAAGGAGAGCUCUGUGCUGAUGUUAAAUUCUUCUUCAAAUUUAGAUGCCGAAUGUUCAAUAGCUUUAGAGAGGAAGAUAAAUUUUCUCUCAGAGAUUUACUGUUCAAAUACAACUGUUACCCUGACAAAGACGCUGAUGAGAUAUUUAGUUACAUCCGACAACACCCAGAUUCUGUUCUCUUCACACUGGACGGGUUUGAUGAAAUUAGUGUUGAUUGCGACCUGAGUGAUAUCCCUGAUGUCUCUUCACCCUUUGACCCCACACAUCCGCUCACUCUGUUGAUGAAUCUUCUCCGAGGAAAGUUAUUAAAAGGUUCCAAAAAAUUAUUGACGGCAAGAACUGGCACAAACCUACCAUUGAGAAUGGUGAGAAAGAGAGUGACACUAAAGGGCUUUACAAAGGAUAAUUUACUGCAAUAUUUGAAGAAGUUCUUCAAAAAUCAACCCCAUCAAACUUUGGUUUUGACCCAGCUGGAGGCAAACCCCCAUCUGUGUAGUUUAUGUUCAGUGCCAUUGUUCUGCUGGAUUAUAUUUAAAUGUUACAAACACUUACAGUCGGAAUGUAACUCCCAACAAAUAUUGGAUUAUGUAACAUUGACUGACAUCUACCUGUUGAUGUUGGAGGUUUUCCUAAACCGUUCUUCCAAAACGGGGUUGAACAGAAGAAACAAAAGUCAAAGUGAGACGUUCAAAGCGAAGAGGGAUUCUCUAAUGAGUUUGGGAAAAUUGGCAAAAGAGGGAAUUGAAAGCAAUAACUUUAUCUUUAGUCAGGAGCAAAUUGCAGCAGUUGGCAUCUCAGAGGAGGAUUUACAGUUGGGUUUUGUCAAGAGUGCAGGCCACUAUGAUGGAUGUGGGAACCAAUCCACUUAUGAAUUCCUUCAUCUGACCCUCCAGUCAUUUUUCACUGCGCUUUUCCUAGUUGUUAAUGAGAGAAUUAGUGCGAAGGAAAUCAUUACGUUUUUUGCAAAAUGUGAUCAUUAUUUGACUGGACCUCGAGCCAGUAUUGUUUUCUUGAGAUGUUUGGGCUAUAAGUCACGUCACAGAAAGGACCCAUUUGAAACAAAUGAACAUCUGCAGUUCACCACACUUUUCCUCUGUGGCCUAUUGUGUAAAACUAAGAAGGACUUAUUCAAACAUUUAUCUUCUGCAGGAAGUGUCCAAAGAAAGCGGUCAGCACUGAAGGCCUACCUUGCCGACUGUGUAAAGUUACACUUAAAAAAUCUUCCUCAAGCGCCAUUUGAAGAAUUUUGUAGAGUGCAAGUCUUGCCUCGAUUUGUCUGGUUGAUGCGCUACAUUUUUGAAACCCAGAGUGAAGCUGUAGCCAGUCUUGCAGCAAAGGGGAUUUGCGCGGAUUAUAUCAAACUCACUUUCUGCAAUGCCUUCUCUGCCGACUGCAGUGCAAUUGCAAACAUAUUACGUCAUCGUAAAAAAUCAAUUGCACUUGAACUGGACAACAAUAAUAUCAAUGAUUAUGGAGUGAAGGAAUUAGUUCCUUGUUUCAAUAAACUCACGGUAGUUAGAUUGAGUGUAAACCAGGUCACGGAUGAUGGAGCUAAAGUACUGGCUGAGGAGCUCCUAAAGUACAAAAUUAUUAAGAUCCUUGGCCUAUACAGGAAUCAGAUCACUGAUGUUGGUGCCAGGUUCAUUGCCCAAGUUGUUGAAGAAUGCCCACAUCUUCGAACAUUAAAAAUUGGACUCAACAAACUUACAAGUGAAGGAGGGAAAUUAUUAGCACGAGCAAUUCAGAAAAGCAAAGCCAUCAAAGAUAUAGGGAUGUGGGGGAAUCAGAUUGGAGAUGUGGGUGCAGUCGCUUUUGCUGAAGCUAUAAGAAAUCAUCCUUCAAUAAAAGAGCUCAGCCUGGCAGCCAAUGGAAUUUCGACAGAGGGUGGGAAAAGUUUGGCAGCAGCUCUGCAAGACAACAGAUCCUUGGAGAUAUUUUGGUUGACAGAAAACCAGUUGAAUGAUGAAGCAGCCGUAUUAUUUGCGGAAGCACUCAGGGUCAACAAAAGCCUGCUUCAUUUAUGGAUAAUAAACAACAGAAUUACAGACAUGGGGGCAAAUUGUUUCUUUGAGAUACUCAAAGAAAAUGCAACAAUAGAAGAGAUUUGCUUGAAUGGUAAUGAUAUCUCUGCAGAAGGAGCCAAGAGGUUCGCUGAAGAAAAACGGAUUGUGCUGUGAGUGACAUUUCCUUUGUGGUUAACAUACCGGAGCCAUCGUACACCAUUGGAGCUGUAGAAGGUUCAACAGUUGUAACACUACCUAUAGAACACAAUAAGAAACCUGCCAGUUAUUUUCUAUGAGGUUUGCAGUGACUGGGACAAUCUGAAAGAACUGAAAUUAAUCUGGAAAACCAGUUUCCAAACCAUGGCCUUUCCUGUUGCUGUUCAAGAAAUACUGAAAGUGUCUUUGUGACUCAUUGCAUAUGAGCAACCUGUAACUGCUGACACUAACAUGAAAGUAUUUGUACAAAGACUUGAAAGUAAGCAUGACAUCUAUCAUCGCUGUUCUUUCACCCUGCAUUAAAAUAAUUUUUACUGAAGCUGUGUCAAGUUGGAAUUUCCAUCACUGAAAUGGCAGCUAGCAGCUAAACGUUUGUAUUUAUUUAUGGUUAUUUAUGUUAUGACUUACUGGUGGACAAUAAAAUAAAUUUGUUGGAAUGUC